GGCCCUCAGGGGGAGCCCGGUCCUGCAGGUCAGCAGGGAAUCCCAGGACCUCAGGGUCUCAUUGGGCCACAAGGUACCAUUGGCCCCCCAGGACCCAAGGGCCCUCCCGGUAAACCUGGGUUACCAGGCCUUGCAGGAGCUGAUGGGCCUCCGGGCCACCCUGGUAAAGAGGGACCAGCUGGAGAGAAGGGUGCUGAGGGCUCCACAGGGCCACAGGGUCCAAUUGGAUAUCCAGGACCUCGAGGAGUUAAGGGAGCUGAUGGAGUUCGUGGCCUCAAAGGAGCAAAAGGAGAAAAGGGUGAAGAUGGCUUUCCUGGGUUUAAAGGUGACAUGGGUGUGAAAGGUGAAAGGGGUGAAACUGGUCUGGUGGGUCCUCGAGGUGAGGAUGGGCCUGAGGGGCCAAAGGGUCGUGCUGGGCCUCCAGGAGACGCUGGAUCACCAGGAUCUGCAGGAGAGAAGGGAAAACUUGGCGUUCCAGGAUUACCUGGAUAUCCUGGGAGACAAGGUCCAAAG